AUGGAUGUUCUCGUUGAUGCCUCCAUUGACAAACAACCUGAUAUUGUACCUUCUAGUGUGUUGCCGGUUGUUUCACUUGAAGUUUUAGAUGAUCCCGAAAAUGCCAAAGUUCGAGAGAAAGCAAGGAAGCUUGGAUUUACAAUCGUCAUUGGUAAAUCCGAUAAAGAUGACAAUGGAAGAAGUGCAUUUGUUACCGUGAUAUGUGAAAUAGGAGGUUCAUACAGGGAGUACAAGAGGAAGACUCGGUGCAAAAUUGCAGGUUCAGUUAAAUGCGAGUGUACGUUUCGGCUGAGAGGUUAUUUGUUGAUUGCUGGUGAGUGUGAUUUGAGCAUCAAAGUUGGUUACGGUACACACAACCAUGACAUGGCAGAUGUGCUGAAAGGUCAUAAAACUGUCGGAAGUCUAAAUCCAAAUGAACGUGUGCACCUUUAUGAGAUGGCUGAGCCGAAGGUUCCUCCGAGGCAAAUGCUUACCAACUUAAGGAAGAGGAACAAACACACUUCAACUACAAUCAAGCAUGUUUAUAAUGCUACUCACCGGUAUAGGAUUAGGGGUUUGAGAACCGACAUGCAACAUCUCUUGAAAUCGUUGGUUGAGAAUGAGUAUGUGUACACUUGUAGGAAUUAUCGUGAUUUUGAUUAUAUUAGUGAUAUAUUUUGGGCGCACCCGAACGGUAUCAAGUUGUUUAACACAUUCUCUACGGGGCUUGUGUUGGAUUCCACAUAUAAUACCAACAAGUACCGUCUUCCAUUGCUUGAGUUUGUCGCUAACACUUUUACCCAGCUGAUAUUCUCCAUAGGAUUUACUUAUAUGAUGUAUGAGAAGGAAGAACACGUUACUUGGGCUCUUGAGAGGUGUCGCAAACUGUUGCAUUCCAAAGAUCUUUACCCCAAAGUAGUUGUCACGGAUCAUGACAAUGCUUUGAUGAAUGAUGUGGAUACCGUUUUCCCUGAGUCUACUGCUUUGUUGUGUGAGUAUCAUAUUGAAAGGAAUGUAAGAGCAAAGUGUAAGACGGAUUGCAAAGUGAAUGAUCUCAAAGGCAAGGAUGGCAAAGUUAUAAAGCCAAAUUCAAUGGUGAAGACGAUCAUGCGUGCAUGGGAGGAUAUUAUGGAUUCUGAUACGGAAAAAACGUAUGUUGAUAAUUGUAACCGGUUCAAAGUUGUUUGCGAAAAAUGGCACAAGUUUGUGGAAUAUGUUGAAAGUACUAUGUUGGGUCCAGUGAAGUAUUGGGUGAAUCAAGUCAUGCAUAUGGAGAAUACUACAACUAACAGAGUUGAAUCUGCAUACAACCGGUUGAAAAACUAUCUGACUAACAUCAUGGGUGAUUUAAGUACAAACUGGGAAUCCGUUCACGACAUGCUAGAGUCAGUCACAACAUACUCACACACGCGUUUCCUUCCAGACGAGCAUUAUCAUGCUUGA